CCCCCCGGCCCUCCUCCCGGGUGCCCUCGGCGGGUCGGGCGGCCGGCGGCUGGCGGCGUCUUCGGCCCCGGCCAGGUCCGGCUCCAUCUUGGGCCGCUGAACCGGCACCUGUGGCGGCCGCAGGAGAAGCGCUUCCGCCGGCCGGCGCGGCCCGGGGCGGGCGAGAGGGCAGCCAUGACCACCAGCCACCCUGAGCCGGGUGCCCAGGCACCCCUGAGCCCCCGCUCACAGCCCCUGUCCCGGAGCUCUUCCAGCCUGCUGGGUGAAGGCAGGGGACAGAGGCCAGAACUCCGAAAGAGUGCCAGCAGCACUGUAUGGCAGGCCCAGCCGGGUGAGGCCAGCACCAGUCCUCAGGCCCCAGAGGAAGCGGGGCACCAGGCUGAGAGCACGGAGCAGACAUGGGCCCCCAGCCCCCAGCCACGGCCCAGUGCUGUGGGCCACUGGCGGAGCAGCACUGUGGGCAACGUGUCUACCGUGGGUGGUGGUGACCUGUGUCGCCUGCGGACCCCCAGUGCCGCUGCUGUACAGAGGAGCCACUCGGACCUGGUCCGUAGCACCCAGACCCGGGGCCACAGUGGUGCUCGGAAGGCCAGCCUCAGCUGCUCAGCUCUCGGCAGCUCACCAGUCCACAGGGCUCAGCUGCAGCCCCGCAGUACUUCUGGACAGGGCUGUCAGACCCCUGCAGGUCUGGAAAGGGAUCUGGCUCUGGAGGAUGCGACUUCGGACUCAGCCUGGACACUGGGAGAGAGUCAGGUGCCACCAGUGGACCUGGGCAGCACAACCAUCCACAGCAGCAGUCCCAAGGCUGGGCCCAAAGCCACUGGGCAGUCGGCUACCUCCUCCUGCCAUGCUCUGCCCCCAGCAGCUCUAGUCUGUGGCAUGGGGGAGGUGGGGACAGGUGGCUACUGCCAUGCCCUGCCUGCCCCAGGGAUCCUCGCCUUUCCCAAACUGGUGGCAUCAGUGAGUGAGUCUGGGCUCCAGGCUCAGCGUGGGAUGAAGUUCCAGUGUAGGUUGUCUGGGGCACUUUCUGGGCAUUCCCACUGCUGUGCCCACCCUUGGGGUCCCACUGGGUUAGCUGUGGAGACUGGCGCCAGGACGAAGGAUGUGUGCACCAUGACAUCAGCCAGUGACUUGGCCCCUGUGUUGGCAUCCCCUAUGUCAGCCCAGGAUGCUGGUGUACAGGUGGCCCCUAUGGCAGUGUGCAAGGCUGUGGCCACCAGCCCGCCCCUGGAAGCCCCUAUGGCCCUGCAUACAUUCCCAGAGGUAACUCUGGGAUCCAGCCUGGAGGAGGAGCCGUCCCCUGUGCGGGAUGUUCGAUGGGAUGCUGAGGGCAUGACCUGGGAGGUGUAUGGAGCUGCUGUGGACCCUGAGGUGCUCGGCGUGGCCAUCCAGAAGCACCUGGAGAUGCAGUUUGAGCAGCUGAAGCAAGCCCCUGCCAGCGAGGACAGCCUGUCUGCCGAGGGCAGGAGGGGGCCGCUUCGAGCUGUCAUGCAGUCUCUGCGGCACCCCAGCUGCUGUGGCUGCUCCAGUGCAGCCCCCGAGUGAGGAGCUGCAGCCCAAAGAACUGUCCUGGGCCCAUGGACUCAGCCGCAGGCCAGGGACAGUGGGGACCACAUUCUCCUCGGACCCACUGGCAGCCAUGGACACAUCUGUUGCCAGCUGCCAGCAGACCACCGGACUGCAGCCUGGGACUUCUUGCUACUCGCAGCUGCGCUGGGUUUUAAGGGCUUGAUUCCUAAGAGUCACAUCUCUACACAUCUGGGCUCUGAACUUUGGGACAGAGUUUCAGCACUGUGCAUGAGGGAGAUCCUGAAUUUUCUGUGAAAAUACUCGCCUUCUGUUCAGGCUCUCUUCAGAACUCUGCCAUGAUUUCCCCUAGGACUCUUGAUGGCUUUAUUUUAAAGCAGUGCUGCGAUAUACUGAAUCCUUGACAUGAAGUGUGGGGCCCUAAGUGACAGGGAUUGGCCGGGUGUUUAGAGAAGGGACGGACACUAUCAGAGGCCUUCUGCGUUCCACACACUGCCUGUCACCCAGCCUCGCUGAGUCUUCACCUCGUGGUACAGAUGAAACCAUAGGCCUUUGGCACGGCUAUGCCACGUGCCCAGGUUGGACAGCUCGAAGUGGUGGGCUCAGGUUCAAAGCAGGGAUGGCUGAAGGCGGGGGUGUUUUCCUGCAGCACACGGCCAGUCAGUGCAGGGCAGUCGUGAGCAAGCAGAACUUACUGAGCCCACGUUCUGUGCCAGGUUCUGUGGAUUCCUUGGGGAAUGAGACAGAGGCUA